UUCUUUUCAAUUCUAGCUGGUUUUUCGUACAUCGACGUGAAUUUUUACGCUGGUCAAGCAAUUCCGCUGCUGAUGAUCACCGCUUAUUUGUUUAUACUUGGAUCGAUUUAUAGAAAUCGGAAGGUGACCAGAACAUAUAGCAACGGGCAAACGCUAUUUGAUGCCAGACUGGCGUUCCAAUUUUUUAUGAUUUGUUGUAGUCAAUACUUAACUGCCUUUUUGUUCGACAUCGUGCCAAAAAUUGGCGGUGGAACCGUUUGGGGCGCACUCAUCAUCAACUGCAUAGGUAUGUCUACAACUUUCAUCAGUAUAGUUUCCCAAAUCACGUUGUGUCUACUUAAGUGUCUUUUAUGCGAGCACAUUCCUGAUAACAAAUAUUCAUUCAUUCAAUUCAAUCGGUUGGAAUUGAGACAAGGUUCAAUCGCCCAUCGAAUUACCAGUCAAUAA